CAACCUGGUAUGUUUGUGCGCGGUGGGGUGGCCCUCACUCCAACACAUAAUGUUACAAUCAAACGGAGGGUGCAUGUUGUUGCUUGCACAAGCCAAACUGCACAAGAACAAGAACAUGAACAUGAAGAUGAAGAAGAAGAAUAAUUGUUCAGCUGCUAUACUGUACCAUUAUCCUUGUCCUGAUGGCGCUUUUGCUGCUCUUGCCGCACACCUUUAUUUCAAAGCCACUUCUUUAUUCUCUCCUCUCUUCUUUCCUAACACUGUCUAUAACCCUCUCAGAGCUGAAGAUCUUCCUCUUCACGAAAUUGGUGAUCUUUACCUCCUAGAUUUCGUGGGGUCCCCUGGUUUUGUUCAGGAAAUCUCCACCAAAGUUCCAAGAGUGAUUGUUUUGGACCAUCACAAAACUGCGCUUGAGAAGCUAGGCAGUGAGAGUUCGCUUGGUGAGAAUGUGACUAAAGUCAUUGACAUGGCGAGGAGUGGGGCUACUAUUGCUUUUGAUUACUUCAAAGACAAGCUUGUGAGUCCUGAUGCUGAUAUUGUGGUUAACCACCCUUCGGUGCUUGAUGAAUUUGAGCGUGUCCGGCAACUUUUUCAGUACAUUGAAGACGGGGACCUUUGGAGAUGGAGACUCCCGAACAGCAAAGCUUUUAGCAGUGGUUUGAAGGAUUUGAAUAUUGAAUUUGAUGCCCGGAAAAACCCUUCCUUGUUUGACCAGUUGCUUUCAAUAGACUUGGAUACUGUAAUUAGUCAAGGCAUGGUGAGUUUAUCACACAAGCAAAAAUUAAUUGAAGAUUGUCUCAGCAAGUCAUAUGAAAUCGCCCUUGGGAAUGGUGCAUAUGGUCAUUGCCUGGCUGUCAAUGCAGAUACUGCUCUUUCCGAGUUAAGGAGUGAAUUGGGACAUCAAUUAGCUACUAAAAGCCAGAAAAUGAAGUUGAGGGGUAUUGGAGCUGUUGUAUAUAAAGUACCAGAGCUUGAAAACGACCAAAAGCUAAAAAUAAGUCUGAGGAGUGUGGACAAUGAAGAUACGACUCCUAUCUCUCAGGCAUUUGGAGGUGGUGGACAUAGAAAUGCCAGCUCUUUCAUGUUAAUCUCUCAAGAAUUUGAGCAAUGGAAGGUGUGAUUGGAUGUUUGCACUUGCCAUGAGGAGAUGAAACAGAAUUUACACAUGAUGUUCUGAAUACUGCUUCAAUCUGAAACGGUUACUCUGCAAAGCCAUGUGAAAGUUUUGGUAGCUGUCUUAAUGACUGUAUUUUGCAAUUCUUUUAGCUAUCCAUUAGAAAUAAUUUAGGUUUAGGUAGCUGUCUUGAUGACUGUAUUAUGCAAUUCUUUUGACCAUCCAUUGGAAACAAUAUAGUUGUUCAUUUUUUCUGUAAUUUUAAUCAU